AUGAGAAGAACGAUUAAAUCAGUAGUAUCUAGAUGUGUACGUUGCAGAAGAUUUAAUUCAAAACAUGUUGAAUCAGCUCCAGCUCCUUUGCCGAUUGAUCGCGUUAGAGAUGCAAAUAUUUUUGAAAUUACGGGUGUGGAUCUCGCGGGUCCAUUAAUUUUAAAAGGACGGCAAAACAGCUGGAUCUGUCUAUUUUCCUGCGUAGUGUAUAGAGCAAUUCACCUAGAACUCGUUACAUCGUUGUCAACACAGACUUUUUUGGAGUGUUUCCGUCAUUUUAUCAGUCGUAGAGGGAGACCAUCUAACAGGCUGAAUUUUGUUGGUGCGAACAAUGCAUUUAAGUCAUUAAAUUGGAACUGUAUAAAUGGUUAUUGUUCCGCCAGACAAAUUCAGUGGCCUUUUAAUCCCCCAUCAGCGCCCUGGUGGGGAGGAUGGUGGGAGCGCUUAGUAGGUAUGCUUAAAGGUCUUUUACGUAGAGUUUUGGGAAAGUCUUGUCUUGAUUUUGAGGAAAUGUCUACUGUACUGCGUGACUGCGAGUCUCUUUUGAAUUCAAGACCCUUGACUUACAUUUCGGAGUCAGCUGACGACUUAAAGGUGUUGACUCCAUCGAUGUUUUUACACUAA